CGUCACACGUGCCAGGUGCAAGAGUCGUCAGUGCUGCCCAAAUUCUAUCACCCAAGGCGGCGCACCAUUGACCGAGGCUACCAUCUUUAACUCGGAGGCGACCUGUGGCUGAUUCAACAAUGCUACUACACCCUGUGCUGGAACCUGACUCCGGGGACUGUCGUACGACUGACGACUUUGAACUACUCGCUGGGGAUGGUGUUCCAAACCACCAAAGCCUACUACUCCCUCAGAUCCCCAAAUUCACGCCACAGCUCGCCAAGAAGAAAAUCUUGUCCGCCAAAGAAGACUUCAUAGGUAGGAAUGACUCCGCGUUUAGCGACGUGUUAUGUCUGGGGAACGACCACAUCUACGACCCCUACCAGGACUACUUUGGGUUGUGUCAGGAGUUCGCCGGGGGCCGGGGCGAGCUGAGCCCUAGUUCCGAUAUUUCCCUGUCAUCGGACGAGAGUAGCGACAGCUUCAAAUAUGCAAGUUUCCAAGCUUCAAAUCCAUCGCUUGUGAAUUCGAAUUUCAGCAAGUUAGACCAGGAAAGACUUUGUGCUUUGACGACGGCGGAAUUCGAAAGAAACGGAACUACUUACGAACUGGACGAGUAUGACAUCAUACAACAAAAGGUGCGUGGGCACGAACCCCCCACCCGCGAGAUCCCGGUUGUUCCAAAUGAUCGGAUCAAGGAAUACCUGUGGCUCAAACAGUGCAAGACAGCCCGUGGUGAUGCCACACAACUACAGGUGCAGGGGAAGAAAAAAUCGAAGUUGAUCUGUGUAUUCUGCAAGAACAACAAAGAACCUCCACACGUGUACACAGGACAUGUUUUGAAGGAUUCCCGUGGGUAUACAGCGUGCCCAGUGUUGAGGAAGUACCCGUGUCCAAUCUGCCAAGCCAUCGGGGACCACGCCCACACCAUCAAAUACUGUCCCUUCAACAACGACUCGGAGUUUCGAACCAGCCCCUCUCCUCUCCGUACGACGCGCAUGGCCACAGGUAAAAAGCGUCGUACAUGAAGAGUUUACCAGAGUGUGUAUACUGUUACAUUCCACCUUUCAAGUGUGUUGUUAUAACGGGGACUCGUAAUGCAUCCAGUUUUCCAGAUGAAUGGAGCUGAUUUUAUUCGCAACUGAUUUUAAUCUUGACUCGAAUGAGAAAUUGAUGAUGAACUCGCCUGUGUUGUGUAUGAUAUUAACUAUCUAGUUUUGUUUAUUGUUUAGCCUAGGAACACGUGAAUGUGUUGAAGAGGAGUGCUGUGUUCAAAACGAAUUUACCGUUUUGACAAAGAAUACAGUGCUUAUGUGUUAAAAUGCAGGGACAUUUUAACAAUGUAUGUGGUGCAAUGGACUGUCAAAUUUGGAGACGUUUUAGUUUGAAAAAAAAUCAUUCUCAGAGUACGUUAUAAGAAUUAGCUUGAAAUUUUACAUUUUAGGAUUUCAGAGUUUUUGUUGAUUUUCCAGUAGAUCUUAAUUAUUGUGCAUUUAAUGAUUUUAUUUAUGAUGCUUUAGCAUGUAGGAUUAUACGCCAUUGUAAAUUUGAAAUUUUAGAAGUUUCCGACAGUUUUAUUGAUAUGUUAUUUUAUGACCGCCAGUAUCGAAUACUGAUGGAAUAUGCCUCCUGUAAAUAGGGCGACUUUGUAAAGGCUCUGCUGUAUUGAGAAGUAGUAGUUUUAGUAUCAUAGAAUAUAGAUGUAAUUCAUA